UUUCUUUAAAAAAGCAAUAUUUAAAGGAAUAUUUUCUUAUAAAUAGAUGGGGAUUCCUGGGUUAUGGCCAUUCCUUAAAGAAUUUGGAGAGAGUACAACAUUAGCAAAACUUGCGUGUGAUUAUUAUUAUAAGGAUGAUAGAGUGCCUAAAGGCUUUAGAAUUGGGAUUGAUUUGUUGAUUUGGUCGUAUCAGAUGCGUUCAAGUUAUGGAGGACAAAAUCCAGAAUUAAGAACGCUUUUUUUUCGUCUUUGUAGACUUGGAUAUCUUGGGAUUUUGCCUAUUUUUGUCUUAGAUGGAUCUAAGAAACCGUUAUUUAAAAGAAAUAAGAAGGUUCCAAAGGCGAUAUUUGGAUUAUCGGAAGUAAUAGAUUUGAUUCGUUUGUUUGGGUUUCCUAUCUGGUAUGCGCCGGGGGAAGCAGAAGCAGAAUGUGCUUUGUUAUUAAAGAACUCUAUUAUUGAUGCAGUAAUGUCUACGGAUGUUGAUUCGUUUAUAUUUGGUGCACAAAAAGUGAUAAGUGGAUGGAGUAUGAGUGAAGAAUCAAAAACAAGUACACUUUCGAAUGUUUCUAUUUUUGAUAUAGAAACAGUUACUAAGAAGAGCAAUAUUAGUCAAGCAGGAAUGCUUCUUAUUGCUCUUAUAUCUUCUGGGGAUUAUGAUUCAACUGGUAUUCCAAAUUGUGGAAUUAAGACGGCGAUCGGUGCAGCAAAAGCUGGGUUUGGGGAUUCUCUUUUAUCUUUGAUCAAAAGUGGUUCAGAUUUGACUUGUUGGAAAAAGGAUCUUGAGGAAUAUUUAUCUAAAAACCAUGGUGGACAUUCUUCAGCUAAACAUUCAUCUUUAAAAUUACCCGAAGAUUUUCCAAAUCAAGAUAUUAUUCAAUUUUAUAUUAAUCCAGUAGUAUCAAGCGAUUUAGAUAUAAAAAGGAAAUUACGUCAUGUUGUAUGGAAAUGGCCUAUCAAUGUCCCUAAAUUACAGAAAUUUGUAUCCAUCCAUUUUUCUUGGUCUGGAUUACCUGGUAUUAAAAGAUUUGUACGAUCAUUUGCUCCGUGUUAUUUAGUAUCUUUCUUAAAGUAUACGGAUUUUUCAAAACAUUCACAAAUAAAUUCUUUACAAAAAUCAAACUCUAUAAAAAAAACUAAUUCUACAUAUUUUACUAAUCUAAAAGAUCCCUCAAAAAAUAUUGAAAAUAAUGACGAAAAAUUCGGAAUUAAACUUCUUUGCUAUAGAAAACAUAUCUCUACCGGAUAUUCUUUAGAAUUUCGUGUAUCUUUUUCUCCCUUUAAGUUAAUAAAUAUUGAUUUUACUAACGAAAAACAAUCAAAUAAUAAUAUUCAGUCAAACGACAAUAUUCUGUCAAACGACAAUAUACAUUCAAAUCAUAAAAAUACUCGUCAUUCUACACUUAUCGAUAAUCUUUUUGAUUUAAAUGAAAAAAUGGAGAUUUGGGUUUUAGACCCUUAUCUUCAUCUUUUUCAAAAACAUAAUAUCAUAGAAUGGAAAUCUAAAUCUAAAAAAAAUAUUUCUUUAAAAAAAAAAUUAGGUUAUGAUCAAUUAGGUGCAAUUGAAAGUUAUUUACUUGUCACUUCAAAAAAUACUUCUAUUUUAGGCUCUUUACAACUUGAUCAAAAUCCUUCUUCAAAAAUUUCACAAACAUAUAAAACAAAAAAUAUCUCUUCAAAUUCUUCAAUGUCUUCUUUAACUCAAAAAACUUUAUCAACUUUUAUUUCAACCUCUCUUUAAAUCUACUUUUAAUCUACUUUUUAAUCUAACUUUAU